GUUAGAUACGAGAAGAUCGUUUCAACACUCGUUUGUGCGUAACGUUGUUUAUAUUAUAUUGCCAUAAUACUUCAAAAUACAUGUGAUAUAUUACAUAGUGUAGUGAGUUUUAUGAAAUUGAACGUCUCAUUUUAAUGUAUAUUUUUGUCGUUGAAUAUAUUUAUAGCAAGUGAAUUUCGAGAAAUUCGAUUAUGGUUUGAAUAUACAGAAAUAACACAGCUUCAAAAGACGAGUUUUGUUUUAUAUUUUUGAAUACUUUUCAUAUCUUUAUGUUAUAAUGUUAAUCAUUUUCAAGUAUUCGUGUUUUUUACUAUUUUCGUUGCUCUCAUUUUGUGUUCCGGGUAAAUCGAAUCGUCCGAAUGUAAUAUUAAUUAUCGCUGAUGAUAUGGGCUGGGAUGAUGUAAGUUUCCACGGAUCGAAUCAAAUUUUGACUCCGAAUAUAGACCUCCUGGCGUACACCGGGGUGGCUCUGGAACGAUAUUACAGUCAUUGUGUAUGCACACCCUCACGCUCGGCUCUCCUCACAGGGAAAUUCGCUCACGUGACAGGAAUGCAAGGCUAUCCCUUAACAAAUGCUGAGGAUAGAGCCCUCCCAAUAACGGAGAAAACGCUUCCCCAGUAUUUCAAGGAGGUCGGUUAUGCUACACAUUUGGUCGGGAAAUGGCACGUUGGCCAAUCUCGCGUCGAAUAUUUGCCAACAUCUCGGGGUUUUGACUCUCAUUUCGGCCAUCGAGGCGGUUAUAUUGAUUAUUAUGAGUACACGUUAUUGGAAACGUGGAGCGUCGGAGAUGUAUCAGGGUUUGAUCUGUUUCGAAAUGAUACUGCGGCUUGGGAUGUUGAAGGAUACAUCACCGACGUUUAUAAUAAAGAAGCUAUAUCAGUCAUAGAUUUACAUGAUAUUUCUAAGCCUCUAUUCUUGAUGGUGGCCCACAAUGCCCCGCAUUCUGCAAACGAAGGUGCUCCACUACAAGCACCUCCUGAGCUCGUCCGGUCUAUGCGUCACAUUGAUCUACCACAGAGACGGUAUUAUGCUGCGAUGGUAAAAAGGCUUGACGACAGCGUAGGAGAUAUAGUUAAGGCUCUAUCAGAUAAGGGUAUAUUAGAUAAUACCAUAAUAGCGUUUAUAUCAGAUAACGGUGGAAUAACAUCUGGAAUGUCUGUUAAUUAUGCGCUAAACUGGCCAUUGAGAGGUUUAAAAAUGACUCCAUUUGAAGGAGGUAUACGAGUGAAUGGACUAGUGUGGAGCAAAAACCUAACACAAGGAGAGCAUUUGUGGAAGGGAUACAUGCAUGUUGCUGAUUGGGUGCCAACACUACUCAGUGCUGCGGGUCUUGAAAUUCCAUCGGAUAUCGAUGGUAUUGAUCUAUGGGACAGCAUUGUAUCCAAUAGAGAAUCUAAAAGGGAUGUCAUAUUCGAAAUUGAUGAUUACACAGGUUUUAUGGCAAUCAUAAGUCAUGAUUAUAAAUUGAUUACUGGAGUCGUCAUUACAAAUUAUAGUAACCAUCAAGGUGAUAUGUUUAAAGGUAUCAUUGGAACUGGUCCAUCUUAUGAGGAUGCUCUUAGAAAUAGUACAUUAUACUCGGUUUUAUCUGAUAUUGGGGUACCGUUUGAAAUGAGCGAUACAAGUCUUAGAAACAAAAUAAAAAUUUCAUGUAAUAUGGAUAAAUCCAACAUAUGCUAUCCUAGUAAUGGUACUUGGUGCUUAUUUAAUAUUAAGGAAGAUCCUUGUGAAAUUAUAGAUCUAUCGUCAAAAUAUCCAGAUAUUGCAGAAAAACUAUAUUCUCAAUUGAAGGCCGAAAUAAAACGGAUGAUACCUAGAAAGGUGCCGCAUGAAAUAAAUUUACAAGCAAUGCCUAGUUUGCACAAUUAUGCUUGGGAUGUUUGGCACGCCUCAGAAGGCAACUUUUAGAAAUUUCUGUAAUUUACAACUAAUCUAAAGAUAAUAUUAAUUGUUG